UGCUCGCCUCUGUGUAUCAUCUCUCUCUCUCUCUCGCUCUCUCUCUUGCCCUCUCUCACUCUGGUUUUCUUUCUCCCCAUCUUUGUCCUUCCGUUCAGCGAAGCCGGUACAACUGCAGUCUCUCUCAUUUCCCCCCCUUGUUUUCUUUUGUUUUUUUCCUCCUCUCCUCCAUCCUCUCUUUCCAGUGAUCUCUCCUUCAGGGAUAGAGAGGAUUCUGUUUCUUUUUCAAUUUUAUUCCUUCUCCAGUCUGGACUGCUUCUUUCUCUCUCUCUCCUCUGUCAGACCUUCUCUCAACCAGUGAGGCUGAUUUCGUUCAUAUUUUGAGGAGGGGGGAGUGAAAGGUGUUACUUGGAGCUUCAGGGAGUUAUUGGAACGUGGCCGUUCUUUACGCGCCUGCGUGUGUAUUUUGGGGGCAGAGAGGAGAGUAGCGAGGUGGUGGUGUGUGUGUGUGUGGUAAUGAUGGUUGUGCCGGUCGCCGGUGCUGCCACUGGUGCACUCUCUCAGGCACUUGAGCCCUGCCUCCUCCCUUCACCAUGAGCCUGGCUGUCCGAGUCUCCUGCUCCAUGCUGAACUGCUUCGGUGAGGAGGGCCCACCCAGUCUGGAGUACAUUCAGGCCAAGGACCUGUUCCCCCAGAAGGACCUGGUGAAGGAGGAGGAGAGCCUCCAGGUUCCCUUCCCAGUCCUUCAGGGGGAGGCAGUAGAGUAUCUCGGCCGCGCUGAUGACGCCAUCAUAGCUAUCUCCAACUACAGGCUGCACAUCAAGUUCAAAGACUCCAUUAUCAAUGUGCCUCUGCGGCUGAUUGAGAACGUGGAGAGCAGAGAUAUGUUCCAGCUGCACAUCAUCUGCAAGGACUCCAAAGUUGUCAGGUGCCACUUCUCUACGUUUAAGCAGUGCCAGGAAUGGCUGAAGCGGCUGAACCGUGCCAUAGCUCACCCGUCACGGCUGGAGGACCUGUUCGCCCUGGCCUACCACGCCUGGUGCCUCGGGGGCAGCGCCGAUGACGAGGACCAGCACUUGCACCUGUGUCGCCCAGGAGACCAUGUUCUUCAGAGACUGGACGUGGAGGUGAAGAGAAUGGGCUACGACAUGCAGAAUGCCUGGCGAAUAUCUGACCUCAACAGCAACUACAAGCUGUGCUCCAGCUAUCCUCAGAAGCUGCUGGUUCCCGUGUGGAUCACAGAUAAGGAGCUGGAGAGUGUGGCUUCCUUCCGCUCCUGGAAGAGGAUCCCUGUUGUGGUGUACAGACACCAGAGGAAUGGGGCAGUGAUCGCCCGCUGCAGCCAGCCCGAGAUCAGCUGGUGGGGUUGGAGGAACACGGACGACGAGUACCUGGUCACCUCCAUCGCCAAGGCCUGCAUGCUGGACCGCGGCAACCGGGGUCUUGGGGCCCUCAGCAGCAGCAGCAGCAGCAAGGCCAGGGGAGACGGCCCCGACAGCUCUGAUAGUGACUUCGAUUCCUCGUUGACUGUUUGCCCAGGCCCCGAUGCCAACGUUGCACCACAGAAGCUGCUGAUCCUCGAUGCCCGCUCCUACACAGCCGCGGUGGCCAACCGUGCCAAGGGGGGCGGCUGCGAGUGUGAAGAGUACUACCCUAACUGUGAGGUUAUGUUCAUGGGCAUGGCAAACAUCCACUCCAUCAGGAACAGCUUCCAGGCUCUGCGGACGGUGUGCAGUCAGAUCCCGGAUCCUGGCAACUGGCUCUCAGCCCUGGAGAGCACCCGUUGGCUGCAGCACCUGUCCGUCAUGCUGAAGGCAGCCACUCUGGUGUGCUCUGCGGUGGAGAGGGAUGGCCGGCCGGUGCUGGUGCACUGCUCGGACGGCUGGGACCGCACGCCGCAGAUCGCCGCCCUCGCCAAGAUCCUCCUGGACCCCUUCUACAGGACCAUGGAGGGUUUCCAGGUGCUGGUGGAGACGGAGUGGCUGGACUUCGGCCACAAGUUUGGCGACCGCUGCGGGCACCAGGAGAACGCCGACGACGUGAGCGAGCAGUGCCCCGUCUUCCUGCAGUGGCUGGACUGCGUGCACCAGCUGCUCAAGCAGUUCCCGUGCCUGUUUGAGUUCAACGAGGCCUUCCUGGUGAAACUGGUGCAGCACACAUACUCGUGUCUGUACGGCACGUUCCUGUGCAACAACGCUCGCGAGAGGGAGGCCCGCAACAUCUACAAGCGCACCUGCUCCGUCUGGUCCCUGCUCCGCACCGGCAACAAGAACUUCCAGAACUUUCUCUACAUACCCAGUCAUGACAUGGUGCUGCAGCCGGUGUGUCACACGCGUGCCCUGCAGCUGUGGACGGCCGUCUACCUCCCCACCUCGUCGCCCUGCACCGCUGCCGAGGACGCCAUGGAGAUCUACCUGUCCCCCUGCGGCCAGGGCGAGGAGCUCACCUCGCGCUCCCUCGACAGGCUUCCAAAGACACGCUCCAUGGACAACCUCGUGUCUGCCUGUGAAAACGGGGUGGCACUCACACGCACGUCCAGUGACCCCAACCUCAACAAACACUGCCAGGAGGGCCGCGUGGCCCUGGACGCUGUGGGCAACCCGGCGGGCUCCCCCACUGACAUUAGCCUGGAGGAGCACGCGCCCGACACAGGCCUUGGCAGCGAGGACCCCGACGUGGAGACAUGCGAGGAGACGCCUCCCCAGACGCCUCCGCCGGCCACAGCGCCGGCCAGCGAGGAGGCUCCUCUGGGGGCGUCGAAGGAGGGGGAGGAGCUGUGCUUGACCACACAACCUCUGCCCUGCCUCCCCCAUCCGCUCUCCCUGGGGCAGGACUGCCCGGUGCCCACGGCGGUCAUCCACCAGGCCCCUGUGCCCCGCUGUGCCAGCCCCCCUCUCCCACCGCCCCUGCCCCUGCCCCUGCAGGAGGUGCUGCCCUGGACCGCUAACGGUGGCGACGCUCCCUUCUCCCCAGCUGCUGCUGUUGCAGACGCCAGCGCUCCUCACCCCCCCAACCUCAACGGCGUCUCCCACGCAGACAACGAGGAGGAGGAGCUUGACGAGCCUCUGGAGGGGUGCACUGCCGAAGCCAAGGAGCUUCUGGCCAUCAAACGCCCGCUGCGGCCCACCUUAAUGGAGGACUCGACCGAGACCCUGACCGAGCAGAGCGCCAUCCCGCCCCAGCAGCCUCCGCUCCGGAGGGCCAGCUCAGGCGAGGCCCAGGCUCAGCCCCGGCCACUGACCCCGAGUAGCUCUAAAGAGGAGGGCAGAAGGACUGAGGGCCCGUGUAAGGGGGAGCUGGUGGCGGCGUGCGAAGCGCCGGGCGCGUGCCGAAAGUGUGCCCGCUCCCGGCUGGUCUCCCAGAGCCAGCUGAGCGACUUCACGCUGCUGGGCUCGCCGUGGGGCAGCGUGCAGGGCCUGGUGCAGUCCGCCUGCGGAGGGGCACUGCAGCAGGGCGGCUACCAGAGCCGCCGACUGGCCAGCAAGCUGCUGCGCGCCCAGGGAGCCAGCGGAAAUGGCAGCGGCGCCGCCAACGGCCACUGCUGCCGCCGAGACAGAGACCUGUCGGGUCGCUCGUCCGCGGCGGCGAACGGUAGCGGUCCCGGCGCCGGGUCCUCCAGCUGGCUGUCGACAGUGAAGAGCUCGGGCUACGCCGCGCUGUGCGCCUCCACCGCUUCGUCGGGGCCGUACAUGCGGCAGCUGCUGGCCGCAGCGCAGUCCUCCUCGCCGACGGCCAGCGCGUCCCCGCCUCCAUCGUCAUCGGCGGCGCUGCAGGCCCAGGCGCCGGCCUACAUGGACGACGACGGCCUGCCGGUGGCUCUGGACGCGGUGCAGCAGCGGCUGCGUCAGAUCGAGGCCACAUACAAGCAGGAGGUGGAGGUGCUGCGUCGGCAGGUCAGACAGCUGCAGAUGAGACUGGAGAGCAAGCAGUACUGCACACCGCCCUCCGAGCCCGACAUGGACUACGAGGACGACAUUACGUGCCUGAGGGAGUCAGACGACAGCGCUGAGGAGGACUCCCUGUCUGACCACAGCGAGGACCGCUUCAGCGAGGGCAGCUGGGAUCGCAUCGAGCGGAAGGACACAGAGGUUACACGAUGGGUUCCCGAUCACAUGGCCUCACAUUGCUUUAACUGUGACUCUGAGUUCUGGAUUGCCAAGAGACGCCAUCACUGCAGGAACUGCGGCAACGUGUUCUGCAAAGACUGCUGCCACCUGAAGUUGCCCAUUCCAGACCAGCAGCUGUACGACCCGGUCCUGGUGUGCAACACCUGCCACGACCUGCUGCUGGAGUCGCGCACGCGCGAGAUCCGCAGCCAGCAGCUCAAGAAGCCCAUCGCCACCGCCUCCAGCUGAGGGCCUCUCUGAACCUCGCGACCUGCCCUGCCUGUGUCCACCCCCCAACCCCUCUACUCGGGCCUGGUGCAGUUUGGCCUGGCACUGCUCACCGUUGGUUGAGCCCCCAGAUGUGCAUUCGACCACUUUGGCUGGGGAGCCCUAGUUGCCCCCCAUCCAACCAACCAACCCACCCACACCCACACCUACUGAUUACACACGCCCCCCACACCCGCCAUGAAACUGUCCUUGCGGGUGAUGACAAUGAGGAGGUGGAGGAAGAGAACUGGGAGGUUCUUUGAGAAGUUGGUCUGUGUUGGAUGAUGGACCGACCGCUCUGAGAUGGACAAUGACUGAAAAGGCUGGACAGAAAAGGACAAAGAGAGUUUGAAAUGGGUGGAUAGGUGGGGAGGGGCUAUUUUGUGAAAUGGCGGUUGUCCUUGUGAAGCCCCUACUUUGGUAGACGGCACCUUCAGGCCGAGGAGGUUGCAGCGUCCUGCUGGCCCCUGGCUCUGGCCCUCUGUGUAGGGAGGUAGGGCUUUCUCCUUACAGUGCCCUCUGCUGGACUGGUGGAGAAGCCUUCAGCUUGAACUGGAGUUCCCCUUGUUCCAACAUCCUUUUAACCUGGACAUCAGUGACACCUUGACCUGCCCCACUGCUUACACACACACACACACACACACACACACACACACACACACAC